AUGUACGCUGCUACAGCCGCCAAAGGGGUUGUGGAGGACCACCAACGAGACCUUGCGCGAAAGCGCGAAGCCGCUGGCGAGCAGGUCGAAUCUAGGUUUUUCAAGCACGUUGCCGGAGACAAGUGGAUGCCCAAGCUGGAUGUUGACAACUUGCCCAAGGACAGGACGGAGAUGGAGAGUACUGUGAGAAAGUGGAUUUUCGGAGACAAGAACCCGCUCGACUUUGCGGAGAAUGGAAGUGCAAAGGCGUCUCCCAAGAAGCAGCCUCUGAAUGUUGCUACUGGAGCUGGUGCUGGCGUGGCUUCGUCCGGCGCGAGCUUUGCGGGCUCUACUUCGAGCACUAUCACUCCUCCUUCCUCUGCGACCGCCCCCGGCCCUCCCGUCGGUCAGCAGUUCGACCACCCCGUCUCCCCAAAAGUUUAA